ACAUUUUUCUUUUCUGUUUGCAGGAAGAAGAUUUGGUGUUGAUGGAGGAGGCAACAUCUUCAAGGCAAAACCUUAGACCUGAUGCAACACCAUCCAAUUUCUAAAUCACCCUUUAGGAGGUACUUAAAGACCAGUGCCCAAUAUGCACAGGAACAUUUCCAGUGUCAGAAGUAGACCUGCCAUGCCAGCUUUUGUGGAGACAGAAAAUGAGGUGGAUGGGGAAACAGUAGAGUGUGGUCUCACAGAGAACAUGAUCUCAUUUAUUUCAAGGCUCCUUUAAAAAACAGGCCAAGUUUAACAAAUUUGUACACAAGAUAAAGGAGGUGGUAACAAUAACACUAGAACCAGUGGCAGCAGAAUCCUAUCAACAAACUUCGACUACAGAAAUCACUGUAGCAGACAGCACACUAUUCAGAACUGAGAAUCAGUGCAUUUCCUCCUGUACAGAGCUGCACUGAAUGAAGCAGAGCUGCCACAAACCAAGAACUAUGGUGCACAAUCUGAAUGUCCUCUUCAGCUCGACCCACAGAGAGUUGUUGUGAGAUACGGCGGUUCUGUUGCAGUUAACUGUAACACUUCAGUCCUGCAUAAAGGGAUGGGAUGGGAAGCCAGUGAGGGAAGAGUGUCCAUGACCAAAAACCAAAGUCUGAUCACAUGGAGAGUGUCAAACCUGAGAGAAUGGGACAUAACAACACACUGCUUCAUAAAUUCCAAUAAUAGUACACAGUGUCAAGUAGAUCUCCCAGUCACUGUUUACAAGACUCCAGACAGUGUGUUCAUCAGCACUGUGUAUCACAGAGGACCAAUGACAGAGGGACAGCAGUAUGAGCUCCAGUGUGACGUUCACAAUGUGGCUCCUGUUCAGUAUCUCACUGUCAAAUGGUACAAAGGACAGACUCUGCUGAAUCAAACCAACUUCGAUGACACCAUCAAGACUCCAGUGAAUAAAACUGUCACACUCCUGAUCCGUCCAGACAGAGCUGAUGAUGGAGCUGAAUACUGGUGUGAAGCAGAGCUGGAUCUGGGAGCAGAAGGACCUCAACCUCAUCCUACUAAUUCAGCAAAACCUCUUAAUGUCGAAGUAUACUAUAAACCAAAACACUCCAAUUCAACAGAGACCAUCAUUCAAGACGAUAAGGUCAUGCUAGAUUGUACAGUGAAGGCAAACCCAGCUCCUACGUACACAUGGGAUCAUCUGAAAGAGAAGAUCAGCUCCUCAGUGCUCAAGUCCUCAGAACUCAGUCCAGGAAAAUACACGUGCACCGCCACAAACACUCUGGGAAGAGACAGCAAAGUGUUCAUCGUCAAAUCUACAGGUGCACAAUCUGAAUGUCCUCUUCAGCUCGACCCACAGAGAGUUGUUGUGAGAUAUGGCGGUUCUGUUGCAGCUAACUGUAGCACUUCAGUCCUGCAUGAAGGGAUGGGAUGGGAAGCCAGUGAGGGAAGAGUGUCCAUGACCAAAAACCAAAGUCUGAUCACAUGGAGAGUGUCAGAACUGAGAGAAUGGGACAUAAAGCCAUUCUGCUACAUAUAUCCAAUUUAUAGUACACAGUGUCAAGUAGAUCUUCCAUUCACUGUUUACAAGACUCCAGACAGUGUGUUCAUCAGCACUGUGAAUCACAGAGGACCAAUGAUGGAGGGACAGCAGUAUGAGCUCCAGUGUGACGUUCACAAUGUGGCUCCUGUUCAGUAUCUCACUGUCAAAUGGUACAAAGGACAGACUCUGCUGCAUCAAACCAACUUCACUGACACCAUCGAGACUCCAGAGAAUAAAACUGUCACACUCCUGAUCCGUCCAGACAGAGCUGAUGAUGGAGCUCAAUACUGGUGUGAAGCAGAGCUGGAUCUGGGAGCAGAAGGACCUCAACCUCAUCCUACUAAUUCAUCAAAACCUCUUAAUGUCGAAGUAUACUAUAAACCAAAACACUCCAAUUCAACAGAGACCAUCAUUCAAGACGAUAAGGUCAUGCUAGAUUGUACAGUGAAGGUAAACCCAGCUCCUACGUACACAUGGGAUCAUCUGAAAGAGAAGAACAACUCCUCAGUGCUCAAGUCCUCAGCACUCAGUCCAGGAAAAUACACGUGCACCGCCACAAACACUCUGGGAAGAGACAGCAAAGUGUUCAUCGUCAAAUCUACAGGUGCACAAUCUGAAUGUCCUCUUCAGCUCGACCCACAGAGAGUUGUUGUGAGAUACGGCGGUUCUGUUGCAGUUAACUGUAGCACUUCAGUCCUGCAUAAAGGGAUAGGAUGGGAAGCCAGUGAGGGAGGAGUGCCCAUGACCCAAAGCCAGAAUCUGAUCACAUGGAGAGUGUCAAAACUGACAGAAUGGGAUAUACAGCCAUACUGCUACAUAAAUCGAAUUCAAGGUGCACAGUGUCAAGUAGAGCUCCCAGUCACCGUUUACAAGACUCCAGACAGUGUGUUCAUCAGCACUGUGAAUCACAGAGGACCAAUGAUGGAGAGACAGCAGUAUCAGCUCCAGUGUGACGUUCACAAUGUGGCUCCUGUUAAGUAUCUCACUGUCAAAUGGUACAAAGGACAGACUCUGCUGAAUCAAACCACCUUCACUGACACCAUCAAGACUCCAGAGAAUAAAACUGUCACACUCCUGAUCCGUCCAGACAGAGCUGAUGAUGGAGCUCAAUACUGGUGUGCAGCAGAGCUGGAUCUGGGAGCAGAAGGACCUCAACCUUAUCGUACAAAUUCAUCAAAUCCUCUUAAUGUCGAAGUAUACUAUAAACCAAAACACUCCAGUUCAACAGAGACCAUCAUUCAAGACGAUAAAGUCAUGCUAGAUUGUACAGUGAUGGCAAACCCGGCUCCUACGUACACAUGGGAUCAUCUGAAAGAGAAGAGCAGCUCUCCGGUGCUCAAUUCCUCAGCACUCAGUCCAGGAAACUACACAUGCACCGCCACAAAUACUCUGGGAAGAGACAGCAAAGUGUUCAUCGUCAAAUCUAUAGGUAUUCGUCCCACAUUCUGGACUGUUCUUACUGUUUUCCAGUUGUCGGUUGCAUUGAUUAUUGUCAUUUAAUUAAUAGUCACACAACAGAGAUAAUUAGUCACAUUACAUUAGACAUAAGCAUGAAAUUAACAUCUGACAAUAACUGUUAAGUGUAUUUUCAUGAAUGUUUAUUUGGAUUUUUUACUUUUUUUUUUUUUUUUUUUUUUUUUUUACUGUUCUCCUAAGCUUGUCCUCACUGCUGUAUGUCAAAUUAAUUUUACAGAACAAAUAUUCCAUUUAGAGGGUAUUUAGCAUAUAUGUAUAUUCAUUGCACUGUGUAUUCAUUGCACAGAGCAGCUUUUAAAAAUCUUCUGUAUUGGGUGUGAAUGUGAGCUGAGCACAAAAGCCCCCCCAAUGCACAUCCUUACAGCUAGCAGUAGCCCUUUAGGAUGUUUUGUAAAACACAAGAAAAUGUAUUUUGUGUGAUUGAACAGCAGCAAAAUAAAUGUUGACUUCUUUCCAUUCUCA